UUACUUGGAAAUACAUCUCACUGACUGCAGUAAGACAUACUUCCAAGUGAGUGUGUAUGAGACUUCAGCCCUUUCUUGUUCAGUGCCAGCCCAGUCCAGUGUGCAGCUGCUGUGAAAAAGGUGAAUUCCGUAUUAUUGAGAAAGGGAUUAGAGAUAAAACGUGCCAACGCCGUAAUGCUGUUAUACAAAUCUCUUGUAAGAUCUCACUUGGAAUAACUGGGUACAGUUCUGGUUGCCUUGCCUCAAAAUGGAUAUUGUAGAGCUGGAGAAUGUUAAGAAAAAGAUGACCCAAAUGAUGAAGGAGAUGGAGCAACUCCCCUAUGAGGAAAAAGUUACAGCAUUUGGGCUUUUAGUUUAGGGAAAAAAGGUGAGUAAGGGAAUAUAUGAUAGAGAUGUAUAACAUGAUGUGUGGUGUCAAAAGAAAUUUUUCUUCCUCAUAAUACUAGAGCCACCCAGUGAAGUUGAAUGGUGGAUAAUUCAGAAAAGAAAAGAGAGUACUAUGGAAUUUGUGCCCAGAAAAUGCAGUGAUGGCUUUUAAUGAGGAUUAGACAUCUUAAAUGGAGGAUAAGGCUAUGUUCUGCCUCCACUGUAGGAGAAACAAUGCCAGUUGUUUAGGAAGGACAGUUGGGGAAAGUGCUGUAUGCUUGACUAGGUGAUCCUUGAUAGAAAAAGAACUUGCACAUCUAUGAGCUAGUUGGAGCAAUUUGAUUUGCUGUAAACCAACUUCUGACGUACAGUUCGCUGUUAGGUGCAUGCAGAUUGUAUCCUAAACUGUCAGGUAUUGGGUAGAAAGAUGUUUGAACAGUGGGAUGAAAAGGCAACAAAAUGCAAGGCAUAGCAGUAGGCCUGUCACACUCAUAUAGUGUAAAAGUAUACACAAAAGUAGUUCCUGGGGACAGUGCUGUAGUCUUACAAUACUAUACUGUUUUAAGUAGCUUUGGGUUGCCCUGGGCAUUAACUAACACAUUUUAAUAAUAAUAAUUAAUUUAUGCCUAGCACAUUUUAACACUUAUGAGCAGGACAGUAAUUCCCAAAAUGGGAAAGCGGCUUUUUUUUUGUAUAUGCCAAUGGGAAUGCCCUAAACUGCUUUAUAUGAGUGUGCUCUUUUCUGAAGUCUUUGUUGGAAGUAUGAUUAUUUUUUGAGAUCAGAUGCAGUUCUUUGGGGAAUGUAAUGUUUGUAUUUAUUUGGGCAAUUGCUACCCCACCCUUCAGCAUGACUGCUCUCGGGGUGGCUAACAAAGCAUGGAAACAAUUAAAAUCAAAUCAAACAUGACAACAGUGAAAACACAAGAUUAAAAGGCCUGUAAAAAAUAAUAAUACAAACAUGGUGACAGAAAACAGGAGAGUUGGCUUUAAGCUAGCUUCUCUGAGGAAAGCAUUUUAAAAGAAAAACCUCUUGUAGAUACAGUACUUUGUCUACCCUCAAAAUGGAUGACAUUAAUGGAUGCAUAGCUUCAAUAUUCUUAGGUCGUUUUUCGUAUGUUGUCAUUGUUAAAUGUCAGAAUUGUCUCCCCCUACUUCCUUGUGGAAAUACUGACCUGUUUGUCCCUUCUGCUGUUUACCUAGGGCAAUGCUAGUAUUGGUGGAGGAGAUGGGAGAGGGCUGAGCUUCCAUUGCUAGUUUAUUUUGCCUUGUAAUAGACUUGACUAACCGGGGGGGGGGCGAGCAGAACGCCAGAGUCCGUAGUUGGCGGCUUUAUUUUAUUAGGGCAACCAAAGGUGCAAGUAAGUGUGACAAGCUUUCGCGUUCUCCAGAACCUUUCAUCAGGGCAGUUGUUACACAAUGUGCCAGGUGGUGAAGAUUUUAUUUUUUCUGAAGUACAAAAAAUAAAAACCACUGCGGAUUAUUUCGAAGCUUGUUUCUCGGUCUUGCACCAUCUUUCUGAGCCCACCCUAACCUCGCCUUAACUGGUCUUGCAUCAUUCCCCACCCCACCCCACCCCGCUAUAGACUCGUCGCUUUAUUCCCUUAGGUCCCUGUAGAACGCCUUGCCACAACCGCUUUACCACUGCAGGGAGAAACAGGGAUGACGUCACCGACGCAAUGGGAAAACGUAAUUGCAGAAGAAGCGCCGUUUCUGGCGGAUUAGGACCCCCCUCUUUAUUUUUAUUUUUUUAAUGCAGCAGCCCGCGAAGGCAUGGAGCACGUGACGCUGUUGCUGGGCUGCUCUCUCCGCCCGCCGCUGGAGAGCCGCCUGCUGGUGACGUCGCCUUCCGCGGCCCCUUGAUUGGGCGCGAAUUUUCUCCUCUUAAAACCCCUUCCUCUCUUUACUUUUUUUUUUUUUUUGGUGGUUGUUCCUUUCCCGCCGCCGCUUCGACCGCAAAGGAGCCUGGGUAGCUCGGGGGUGUGUGUGAACCGCAGAGCAGCGCGGGCAUGUCGCUCUGCAUGUCGGGAGCCGCAGUCCUUUUGCGGCCUCGCGCCUCACCUCGCUUUCCCGUCAUUCCCUUUGCGCCGCCUACUUCCCCCUCAUAAACGUUUCGCUUCUUAUUUCUUCUCGGCUACUGUUAAGAUGGCGGACCGUCGGAGGCAGCGCGCCUCGCAGGACAGCAGCGAGGACGAGGAGUCCGACUCGCCGCCCGGUAGCGCGGCCCCUUCCCCUCGGGGUGCCCACCGCUCUGGCUUGGCCGUGGCGGGAGGAGGUGGCGGGGGCGGCGGCGCUGCUGUUGAGGCCGUGAGCGCGGAGGCGCCGGUGACGGUGGGAGGCAGCCCGGCCGACUCGGAGUGUGAAAGUGAAGAUGGCAUAGAAGGAGAUGCUGUUCUUUCUGACUAUGAAAGUGCUGACGACUCAGAGGCUGAGGAGGGGGAAUACAGUGAGGAGGAAACAUCCAAGGUGGACCUGAAGCGGGAGAGUAAUGAAACUAAUGAGCUGACAAGAAAAUCAGACAAAGGGGAUGAAAAACCAGAAUCGAAAGGCACUGUGGCAGGCGAGAGGCAGAGUGGGGAUGGCCAGGAAAGCACUGAACCAACUGAGAACAAGGUUGGAAAAAAGCUUCCUAAGCACCUGGAUGAUGACGAGGACCGGAAGAACCCUGCAUACAUACCUCGCAAAGGUCUUUUCUUUGAGCAUGACCUUCGUGGGCAAACUCAGGAAGAGGAAGUCCGACCUAAGGGCCGCCAGCGCAAACUGUGGAAAGAUGAGGGACGGUGGGAGCAUGACAAGUUCCGGGAAGACGAGCAGGCACCAAAAUCAAGGCAGGAGCUGAUUGCUCUAUAUGGGUAUGAUAUCCGCUCGACACACAACCCUGAUGAUAUCAAGCCCAGGAGAGUGCGCAAACCAAGAUUUGGGAGUCCACCACAGAGAGAGCCAGAUUGGGCCAAUGAAAGGCCUAGUAAGCCACCACGGCAACAGAGCCUAGAAAGUACUCCCGUGCCGCCCAGGACAUUCAUCAACAGGAACUCUGCAGGGACCGGACGGAUGCCCCCACCGAGGACUUUCCCAAGACCCGGUGGCUACAAAGAGACCCGUCCAUGCUACCGUGCUGUGGAUGUGAACAGCCAGCACGCGCCUCGCUUCAGUGAGCAGUCAAAGCAUGAGAGCAAUUACCGUUCCAGGCGUUCAGAGCCCCUCCCACCACGAGAGCCUUCUCCUGAAGUAGAGAUUCCGCACAGUCGCAACAGCCCUGUUAAAAAGGAAGAGGUGGUUUUGGAAAGCCCAGCAGCUCCCGCAGAUGUUCUUCAGCCACCACCGGAUAGGCCAGUGGAGAAGAAGUCCUACUCCCGGGCAAGGAGGACUCGGACCAAAGCAGGCGAGACAGGGAAGUUGGCCGAGGAAGUCCCGCUUCCAUUGGGGUUGACUCCUGCACCGCUGAAAACUACUGAGGUUAUACCAUCCCCCUCGCCAGCAAAGACUGGUAACUGGGAGGUGCCUGUUGAAGCCAGCCUAGAUGGGCUCGAGCAAGACAUGACCCAGUUAAAUAUAACAGAACAGAACUGGAGCCCAGGGCAGCCCCAGUUCAUACAACCUCAGGGUAUUCCUAACCAGAUGCACAUUGGAGCAGCCCCACCCCCUCAGUUCAACAGGAUGGAGGAGAUGGGUGUUCAGGCAGGCCGUGCAAAGCGUUACUCAUCGCAGCGUCAGAGGCCUGUCCCAGAGCCUGCUCCGCCUGUGCACAUAAGCAUAAUGGAAGGGCACUACUAUGACACACUACAGUUCCAGGGACCGAUCUACACUCACAGCGAGAAUCCUGCCCCACUGCCUCCCCAAGGGGUGAUCGUUCAGCCAGAAAUGCAUCUCUCCCAUCCGGGGUUACAUCCACACCAGACACCAGCACCUUUGACCAACCCUGGUUUAUAUCCUCCUCCUGUAUCCAUGUCGCCGGGACAGCAGCCACCGCCUCCCCCACCGCAACCACUGCUAGCACCAACCUACUUCUCCCCUCCUCCUGGAGUGAUGAAUUUUGGCAAUCCCAGUUACCCCUACCCUCCAGGACCACUUCCGCCGCCGCCACCUCCCCAUCUGUAUCCCAACGCUCAAGCCCAGUCUCAGGUGUAUGGAGGGGUCACCUAUUAUAACACAGUCCAGCAGCAAGUGCAGCCGAAACCUUCACCACCCCGAAGAACUUCGCAGCCUGUCACUAUCAAGCCACCACCUCCUGAGAUUCUCGUUGCAGGUUGUAAACAGGGCUCCAGUUAACAUUUCUAAACGCUAUUGAAGGACAGCAGAAAUGAGAAAUCCAAAGAAAGGAGCAACACUUAAGGACUCUGCACUUUGCUGGUUUCAGUAGAGUACCAGAGCUGGCACCUGUGGCAGGCAGAAGAUGGCUCCUUUGUGUGGGCUUCUCCUCUCCUUUCCAUUGGUAAUAGGUGCUGUACAUGGAUGCAGGCCCUUCUGCUGUGCCAUACCAUGCCAGUAUCUUGAUCAGGGGCCAGAUUGCCCACCAGGAGGGCAUCAGCGAAACCACAUAUCUUUACAGUCUCUCUCUCUCAUCUUGGGACAAAGAGACUGUACAAACAUAGUUGGAUGUAAGAUUUCUCUGCUCACUGAGAGCAAAACCGUUCUCCACAUUCUUCUCCCUUCUUCGUUUAAAUGUUUUUAGGUGUCAAAACUAAAACUACCCAACUCUUCCUUAACGUUAAUUUGAAGAACCUGACUUACUUUGUUUCUAUUCUGUUUAAUUGGUCUUGUUAACGUUACUUGAGUUGUGUGGCUUAUCUUCUCCUUGGCUGACUUUUUCCAAUAAUAUGAUUUUAAAAAUAAGUCAUAAUAGUUGUGCAAACUCUUUUUAUUUUCUUGGAUUAAAAUUAUAGAGGAAUCUGGAAAAGGGUCGCCAUGUCUGAAAGCAGUAGUUGUCUUUUCUGUUGCCACUUCAAUUUUGUUUUAGGAAAAAGACUUUAAUUUAGGAUGAGCCCCAGUGAGCACUUGUCUGCUGAUCAUUUAAUCGUGAGCUGUUCUGACCCCCACAGUGCCAGGAAAAACAAUGCACCCCCAGGUGGGCGAGGGUAACCAAGCCUAUAUGUGUGGUUGGUAGCCUGUAAACACGAUUAUUUGACCAGACCUCAUGUGUCCUUCAGAAGGUGCAAGAGGCUCAUCCGCCUCCUGAAACACAACACUGAACCUUCUUUGGAGCUCUUGAAGUGACGGCCUGCAGGCUUUCACCCUGUUUGCCUGCACUUUGCAGCUUAGAUUUCGCCUGCCAGGCUGCAUGGCUUUCACCAAACGCCCUGUACUUCCUACAUAUUUCUAAUUCACUUCCAAAACUGCACUAGGAAGACAAAGCUUAAGUGGUCAGCCUGUAGCCACUUAUGCUGGAGCAAGAUGCCCAGUACUAGCUGGACCCUGGCACAAUGAGCCAUCCCUAGCCAGUCUGCUUUUUCAUGCAUGUGUAGCUUCCUACUUGAAAUAUCAGGGUCUGUGUUUCCUUUUAAUUUGAUAACCCUUCUAAUUUAAUUUUCAACAAGUACAGCUGGCAUUUGAAGGAAAAUCCCUGUAUGUUCUAAGUGUAUUUGCUUUUCCUCUGCCUUAAGGUUUGAAAUGUAUCCGUUUAACAUAUCGGUUUUGAAAUAUUAGACCUAAUGACACUGUGAUAGUUAUUUUUUGUUAAUAAAUUUGUUUUGUUCCUGUU